CUUUCGGGGAACCCCUUCUCCUGCCUCCAGAAUGCCUCUCAGGACCCCCCAGAGCUCCGCCCCGGCUUCUCCUGAGCAAGGGGACGUCUCCGUGGUCCUCAUCGGCAAGCCCGGGGUGGGCAAGUCGGCCUUCGUUAACGCGGUGCGAGGGAUGACGGAAGGAGAUGUUGGAUCUGCACCUGUGGGGGCCCCGCCAAAACUGGGGGGUCCUGUCAUGUACCCCGAUCCCUCCCACCCCAACUUGCUGAUAUGGGAACUGGAAUUGGAGGGUGAAGGACAAGCUGAGCGGUGGCUGGGGGAGGCGGACGUGUUCAUCAUGGCGACGGACGGCAAGUUCGAUGAGGUCCACGCCCGCCUCACCAGGGAGGUCCGAGCGACCGGCAAGAAAGUCUAUUUUGCCCGGACCAAGGCUGACCUGGAGGUGCACACCCUCAAGCGGCUGAUGGGCGAGCGCUACGACCGGUCGGAGGUCCUCAGAGCCCUGCGGGGCGUCUGCGCUGAGUCGCUGGGGGCCCAUGGCCUCGGGGAGCCCUUUGUUUUCCUCAUCUCUGCCUUCGAGCCUGAUGCGCUGGACUGCCCCCAACUGCGAGAAGCACUGCUGAAAGAUGUACAGUUGUACGAGAGGGUCCUGAAACCUGCUCGUCUCGGUUUUGAAUUGAUCUCCGAGAAGGAGAUUGCUGAGAUCCAGGAGGCCUAUGAGUUGGGAGGUCUUUCUGAGGUGGUGAUGCGUAUCCAGUGCAGCCUGGAGACCAUCUGGAAUGCCCAGCUCGAUAUCGCCAUCACUGGAGAGUCCGGUGCUGGCAAAUCCACAUUUGUCAAUGCCUUGAGGGGCUUGGGUGAUGAGGAUGAGGGAGCAGCUGCGGCAGGUGUGACCGAGACCACAACCCAACCCACGCCCUACUCCUACCCUGGUUACCCCAACGUCAUCCUCUGGGACCUCCCAGGCAUCGGCACACCCAACUUCCAAGCGGAUCACUACUUGGAAGCCGUGGAGUUCUCUCGUUACGAUUUCUUUAUCAUCCUGGCCUCAGAGAGGUUUAAGGAGAACCACAUCCGUUUGGCCCAAGCCAUUGUAGGAGCGGGAAAGAAGUUCUACUUCGUGCGCACUAAGGUGGACAACGAUUUGGAGUCCAUGGCAAGGAGGAAGAACCCGCCCACCGAAGAGGAAAUUUUGGAGGAGAUCAGGAACGACUGUCUUGAGAAGCUAGCCAAGGCCGGGCUUGGAGACACCAAGGUCUUCCUGCUCAGUAGCUUCGAGAUCAACAAGUUUGACUUCCAAACCUUCGAGGAAACUUUGGAGCAAGAACUGCCAAGCCACAAACGCCAUGCUUUCCUGUUGUCCCUGCCCAAUGUCUCCAUGGCGAUCAUUGAGAAGAAGAGACAGCUCCUUCACCAGGAGGUUUGGAAGGUCGCCUUGGUCUCCUGCUUGGUAGCUGCCGUCCCCUUGCCAGGCUUGGCCUUCACCUGCGACGUCUCCAUUUUGCUGAGGAAGCUCUCCACCUACCGCCAGGACUUUGGCUUAGAUGCGGCAUCCUUGACGCGGCUGGCGGAGCGCUCGGGGAAACCCUUGGAGGUUCUGCGGGCUGAAAUACAUAGCACUCUUGGCCGCACCAUCAACAGGGAUGUUGUGGUGGGGUUGUUAGGGAAGGCCACAGGCACGGGCUUGAUGGUAGCUGAGUUCCUUCUCCACCGUAUCCCUCUUUAUGGAGCCCUGGCUUCGGGGAGUCUUUCUUUCCACUCUACCUACUCCAUGUUGAACCACUGCUUGGAAGAGCUAGCUAGUGAUUCCCAGCGGGUUCUCCUGAAGGCCUUUGACAGUGAAGUCUGAGGCAGCUAGACUAAGCUGACCCUCCUCAAGACCCUUUGCAAAUGUUCCCCAGCUUAGCAUAAUCUCAGCUGACCACCAUGUCACUGCUUGAGGAAUCCAUGAGGAAUCCAUACCCUGGCUGUAGCGCAUUACCGGAGUGAACGAAGCCAUCAUCCAGAAAGUUGUGGAUGGCAACUGUCUACAUGCAGUUUCCUUUCUAGUAAAUGGACUGGAAGGUUCCUCAGAAUUCCCUCUAGCGUGUUGACAAUAAAGGAGGAAAAGAAGAAGAAGAUCCCCUGACUAUAGUUCCCUUCCCUGGUGAAGAUGCUCACUCACUGGACCAUCAGCUAUUUGGCUGUUUAUGAGCCUUUUGUAAACUGUCUGCUUGAGUCCAAAAGGUGUUUUGGACUCUAUGGCUUCUUAGAAUGUAGAAGAUAGUUAUAUGCAUUGCACGGAGGCUGUUUGUGUUUUGCUCUAUUUAUUUAUUAAAAUGUGUCACACCUUGAGGCCCACGAGCCUGGUGUUGAUAUUGGAGAAGUGAUCUGAGCCUCUCCACGAUGCCCCUUGCUUUCUCUUAUCGUGUGCCUCCUUCCUCUUCCCCCAUUCCUUCCCUUCUGCAGUGCUCUGCCUGCCAUUUAUUUUGGGUAGGGGCAAAGGCGGCUUGCUAUAGAAUCCACAUUACUGAUCUUUUGCUUUUGUGGAGGACUGCAGUGGCCACGAGAGAGGGGAGAAUGCCACUCCAGUGUUCCCCCAACAUGUCUGGAUAACAAGCUGCCUUGGUGGGUGUUGAGUCAGUGGGCCAGCUCAGUUUCAUAUGUAUAUCCUGGUAUCUCUGGUUUGAGGUUCUCAAGCAGCUGCGGUGGGAAAAGCCCCUCUCUGCCUGAGACUGUGCAGAAGAGAUAGUGUCAGGCGCUAUGUGCCAACAGUCCACUUUUCCCAUAUUUCUGCUGCUGUUCAGCAUUUCUGGUGAUUUUAGGCUGCUCUGGGCCCAUAACCUGCUGUUCCAAAUCACUGCUUCAGGCCAUUUAAGUGCAAAUGUAAAAAAAGAAAAAAGAAAAGAGAACAUGGUAUUUUAAAAUCCUGUCCCCGGAGCAAUUAGUCUUUGCCUGAAUGAAAAGCCCUGUACAACUCCUCCUUCCAGAGGGGCUGCUAAAUCUUAAACUAUGGAAGGAGAAAGUGACUGUUAAAUUCAAGUCCAAUGACACCUUAGAGACCAACAAUUUUGUAAGUCAAAGCUCCCUUCAUCUUAGAGCUUUGACUCUUGAAAGUUUAUAUCCUGAAAAAAUAGUGGAGCUCUAAGGUGUCAUUGCACUUGAAUCUAGCAGUUCUACUGAAAAACCAACAUAGCUACCUUCUGAAACUUAGCUGUGUACUUCUGCUUGCAAUGCUUUGGGGUGCCACUAGAGGGCAGAGUGCUGCAUUUUAUUUGAUGGGGGAAAACAUGGCAAGAAGUCUUCAGAAAUGCAGGUGUUGCAAGCUGGUGCGUCGUGGCAGUUGAAAUGGGGACAGAAGUGUGAGUGUGUGCAAAAAUGCAGGCCAAGGAAAUGAUCCAAUCCCACCCAUUUCUAAAGAUGCAUACCUUCCCUCCGUCAUUCCCAUCCGUGAUGUAAUCCUGCCUUUGUUAAUAAAGAGACUUGUUAUGGAGAA